AUGCAACGAGAAUGGGUCAACAAGUCUCAGUCAGCAAACGGCGCUGAACAGGCAUCUCCACAUCCGUCGCUCGAUCAAGUCAAACAUGCUCUUCUACUCCAGCAGCCUCCAAGGAAAAAGAACAUGCGAUCACUCUUUGAAAUUAUUACGAUUACUGCGCAAUUUCUUCGACCACCGUCACGCCCAUCUUUCGCGGAGUUGGUGCAGAAACCAGAGUUUCUCCUUCAUCCGGAGAAAUUCCCACCUCGUCAAAUGAAAUUUUCGUAUCCGCCAUCAUCGAAACCACUCCAGGGCGCGUUCAAAAUCGCUCAUUUUGGCCAUACUGACAUUCCGCUGUUUGGCAACUCCACACGAGUUUGCACCAAGCAGACGUUCUCUACUUCAGAGAAUUCCAAGAAACCUGUCAUUUACCAAAGUCAGGUCCAGGCGGCGAACCUAAGUGUCGAGCUGAAUUGCCUGGGGUGGGCUUCCGCUCUGAUGGAUCUCGUUUAUAAGUUCAUGGAGAAAGAGGUGACUGUUCGUGGAUUGCCGGCAUUUGAGGUUCCACAAAUGCGAUAUGUCCAGGCUGGUCUCGCCAUCUCCAACGAUGCAGAAGGCAGGCAGAAUGCCUAUCUUCUCGAAGAAUUCAUUGAUUCCGAAGCCCCCGGCUGGUUCGUCAAGUAUCUAAAUAAUAACUCAGCAAAACCCUACAGAUUCAAGGACGAGGAGCGUUCUAUUCGUGCCGAGUUUCUUUCUUUUGCACAGCAUGUCCAGUUCAUAGAAACAGGUGGACGUGCUCUGCUCACAGAUCCCCAGAUCAUCACAAACCCAUGA